UCAAUGCACCCCUGUUUAGAUCUCAGUGUUCCAUCAGCACUAUAAGAGAAAGAGUGAGAGAAUCGAAGUAAAGAGAUAGAGAAGAUAGUAAACCAUGUCAAGGCGAUCAUCACCAGGGACUUGCUUGAGGCUAUGCCUCGUAAAAUUUGCUGUAGUUUCAGCUAUUGCAGUUUGUGGACCAGCUCUUUACUGGAGAUUCAACAAAACUACUCUCAAGCUCACUGAUUCCAAAUCUUCUUGUCCUCCUUGCAACUGUGAUUGUCCUCCUCCUCUUUCCCUCCUCAACGUUGCGCCUGGAUUGAGCAAUCUCUCAGUCACAGAUUGUGGAAGCAAUGACCCUGAUCUCAAACAAGAGAUGGAGAAGCAAUUCGUGGACAUUUUGAUGGAGGAGUUGAAGUUGCAGGAGGCUGUUGCCGACGAGCAUUCCCGUCAUGUGAACAUCACCUUUGGUGAGGCGAAAAGGGUGGCUUCCCAGUACCAAAAGGAGGCUGAAAAAUGUAUCUCGGCCACCGAAACCUGCGAGGAAGCAAGAGAGCGAGCCGAGGCCUUGCUAAUCCGUGAGAGGAAAGUUACAACAUCGUGGGAGCAAAGAGCUCGACAAAUGGGUUGGGAAGGGGAAUAAACUGUCAUACUACUGUGUGGACAUAUUACUAUAAGAUCUUCUCUUUUUCAGAUUUUCUGCCUUGCAUCCAUGAGAAGAUGAGAUUACAAUAGUUACAUAGAUUCCCGGCCAUAGACCGAAUGUCGGAAAACGUGGUGGACCGUAGGAAUGGCAAUGGAACGAGUCAAAGUCCGCCGCCGAUUCAUUUUUGGUAUGCUCUGUUCUAUUUCUCGUCUCUUUCUUGCUGAAUGUUUUGAGUUCAACUUUGUAAUAUUAUACAUGAAACCCUAUGAAUAUCGAUAGUUCAAAA